AUGGAUGGGCCUAACCGGGGUGGAUUCCGAGGUGGCGGCCGUGGUGGCCCACCAGGUCACAGAGGACGAGGAGGAUUCGAUAUGCGUGGGCGUGGCGGGCCUGGAAUGAGAGGCCGCGGUGGCCCACCACGUGGAGGGCCUGGUCCACGUGGAGGUCCUCGAGGCUUCAGAGGAGGUCCAAUGCGUGGAGGUGCAGGAGAAAGAGGUGGCCGCUUCCCACCCGGACCACAAGGCCCUGGACCACAUCCAGUACCGACCAUUGAAACACGUGGUGGUCCUCCACAAAGAGGAGCUUUUAACAACCGAGGUGGGCCUGGUGGAGGCAUGAGAGGAAGAGGUGGAAGAGGCCGAGGUGAUUUUGGACCCAGAAAUGACAGAGGAGGUGGUAGGGGUGGCAUGCCUAUGAGAGGUCGCGGUGGUAGAGGAGGAGGUCCAGGAGCACCCAUGAGUGGGCCACCUGGUGGUCCUCCUCCACAUCCGGGUCCUCAUGGGCCCCCUGCACCUAUUCCAAGUGGUCCUCCAAAUUUGCCGCCUAGAGGAGCAAUUGUACCACAUCAGCCGACUGGAGCUCCGCCUAGCCAACCACAAGGGCCUCCAUAUAAACGAGGCGGAGGCCCACCACAUGGAGGAGGUGGCCCACCUAAACGUGGAAGAUUUGAUGGACCACGAGGAGGGGGCAGCGCCAGACCUCUGCCGCCGGCAGGAUAUCAAGCUGCCCCUGCACAUAAUCCCCCACAACCUAACGGCUAUGGCCCGCCUGCGCAUACUGGUUACCAGCCAUAUGAGCAACCUUCAGCAGAGCCUUUUACACCACCAUCAUAUAAUACACCUGGUUCAUAUCAAAGUGGAAGCUAUGCUGCUCCAGCUCCAGCCCAAGCAAGUUCUUAUUCUAGUGGCUAUGGAUCAAAUUAUGGCUACUCUACAGGUGGUCAAGGUGGUUACGAAAAUAAUGGAUAUAGUGGUGGCGCGGGAGGGGUGGGAGGGGCGGGCGACGCGGGCUACGGCGCGGCGGAGGCGGCGUACGGCGGGCCCGCGCACGCCGGGCCUGCGCCCGCCUACGACGCGUACGCGCAGCCCGCCUACACCUCCUACCAGCAGCCGCAGCCUCAGUACACCAACAACUACGGCAGUUGGUGA